CAUUUCAUCAUUCUGGUGAGGUUUGGGAAAUGGCCUGCCUAUCAGCUGCCUGAAGAGCUCUCAAGAGGAGGAGAUUUCUCCUCCUGUAUUACAAAAUCUCUGUGGACCUGUAGCGCAGUGUGCAGAGAGCAGAAACCUGAGAGGUUGGCAAACCUGGUGUCAUUUUGACCAAGUCGUUCAAGGGCUGGCCAGGUUAGGGGAGGCUGUUCUGCAACAUGAAGGCCAAAGGAUUAGAGGUGGAAGGAUCUUGUAACCUGACAGCUUUAAGACUUGCGUGCUUCAAUGCCAGAGUUCCUGAGCCAACAUUUUGGUUGCUAAGCAGGAACGUUGCUUUUGCCACUAUGGAAAAGGAUAAUGAUUUGCUUAAGCCUUUUCUGAUUGAUGAAGAAGCUAAUGAGUUGAAACCGGUUGUUAGAUCUUCCUACCUGAAGAAUAUCUUACAAAAAUCCACCAUGUUAUGGCAUAACAUAAAGAGUGGCAUCAAAAAUACUGGGUCCCACAUCUUCCACCAGUACCAAUCGACUCUGCCUUCCAUCAGAAGUCUCACCUCAGCUUUCAUCCCAUUUUAUUUGGUUUUUGUACUAUUUUUAAUUGUAUUAUUAUUGGUAAUAAUUGUAUUAUUGGUAAAUGGGCUGGGUACAAGGUAUCAAUUUGGAAAUAACAUGACCCCCGCUGCUGACCCUAUUAAAGAAGAAGCGGUCCCUAAAAAUCUCACGGUGUCAAUCCUGCAGGAAGCCCAGAAAUCCGAACCAUUUUCUGAGGCCAUGGGAAAUUGCUUCGACAAAGCGAUCAAGGAAUUCGUAUCGGAGCCACAGAUUUUAAAGGAGAACGCCAAGAUGAUCCUUGAGUGUAACGGAACGAGGAGCGAGUUUGUGUCUGGGAAAGGAGAAAACUCUAUCGAGGUGUUCUGGGUGGAUGGCCAAACACAUUACACGGUCAGAGAAGCCAAUUCACAAGUCUAUGUAGCAAGGCUGGGGCGCCGAGAAUUACCACUCAGCCUUGGCAGCCUCUUGAAAGUCUCCCAACAGUUGGCUUCCCUUGAAGGACAAGAGGAGCUGCAACAGUGCCUAGAUAAGGUGAUAGAGAAAUUUCCCAAGGAACCGCAAACUCUGCAGGACAAUGCCAUGUUGCAGGUCUCAUGCGGGGGGAGUAAUGUGACCUUCCGCUCGGAAGCUGGGACAAAUGAAAUCAACGUAUACAAAGAUACGCAGGGGGAGAUUGUAUAUAAUGUAAAAGCUAGAGGAAGGGCUUGGUGGGACCGAUUAUUCAUAAGGAGUUAACGAAUGAUACCAAAGAAGGCAGUGUGGGUGGAAGCUCUGUGAUUCUGCACAGAUGAUUGACAAGUUCCCUGUUUCCCCGAAAAUAAGACCCUUUCACUUUCAAUCACUUUACCUCCAAUCCAGUAAUCCAUAAACGUUGUAUUUUCCAUAUUGUAUUCUUCUGCUCUCUUUUUAAUGAUUGCUUAAAUAAAGUUUUUAAAUCGUUA